AUUUGAUCAGUGAUCGAUGAAUGAGCAGCAGCUGAAGAAUCAGCAAUUCGACUAAUAUUGAUGACAAUACUGUGCAUUGUGGGAAUAGUUCUCGCAACGGCGAUAUUGAAAUCCUUCCAAUCCACUUUGUUGAUGCGAUCAUUUCAGAUUAUACAAGGAAUGAUCGCACAAAAUACAUAAAAACUGUUUUCGCAUACUGUGGAGUUGUAGAAGCGUUUUCAAGAUCAUCGGAUCUGUAUCCGAUGAAGACGAAUUUCUAGGAAUUGCUUACGAUGUUGCGAAAAACACCACCAGCUACGAACCGUCCAAUAGCAGAUACAAACUGCCUACCAUAGAGUACAUAGGCUGCCAUGAUGUUGGGACUCCGGAAGAUCAUGACAUUGAUCGUUGAAGAUCACAGCUGCCUGUACUACGUCGUCCUCUGAGGAUCAUCCCAAAUUGGGAUUUACACCAGUAUUGCUACUUUUGGCGAUUGCCCAUGUUUCUGAGUGUAUGUACGCCAAUUCAAAUUUAAGGGCUGGAUCUAUCAUGUGCCCAAACAAACCAAAGUCAAUUUGCUUCAAGAUCACCUAAAGACUCCGUUCGCUGAACAUGGAAUGUAGUCAAAUUCACCGACUUGAAAAUUCCCAUUAUAUUGUCUACACCUAUCAGCAAUCCUUCGAAGCUUUCAAAUCACGUCAUCGUACGCCGGUUCUCUAUCUUACUCGACAGCUGUUGAAAUGUAAAAACUAACUGAUAGCGACAAUUCGCAAUGUUUCUGACUUGAUGAUCAUCAGUGUGCGACUGCCAUUCAUUCGCACAAUGUCGGCUCGCUCAGCGAUCUCCCUAGUUUCUAUGAUCGCAGUGGCGAUCGCGCUGAAAGAAGGCGAUCGCUGCUCGAUCAAUGGUCUGAACGGCAUCUGCGCGCUCCGUCCGGCUUGCCCGGAACUCAAGCAAAUGCAACAGCUGGGUGUACGUCCGAAGAUUUGCGCCUAUACUACGAACCGGGAGAAGAUCUUCUGUUGUCCACGAGUGGAACCGAUCGAGCAGGCAACCCGACCAAGUGAGCAAUACUGCCAACAGUACCGGAAGCUCACAUCAACGGAGGUCCACUUCGGAGCUCUCUCGUUGGAUCCAAGUGCAGCAAGGAAAGCAUGGGUCCCAAACUGUGACGAAUCGAUCAAUUUGAUCGUGGGAGGAGCGCGUGCAAGCCCGAAGGAGUUUCCUCACAUGGCAGCACUGGGUUGGAUUGAUGUUGGCAAUGACAGCGCAAAGUAUGUCUUUAAAUGUGGAGGAUCGCUCAUCAGCGAUCGAUACGUGCUGAGUGCAGGUCAUUGUUUACUGACAGAUCAUGGCCCUCCACAUAUUGUGCGUUUGGGUGAAUUGAAUCUGGUAUCCGACGACGACGGUUUUCAGGGAAUCGAUUACGGCGUGGCGGAAUACAUUCUACAUCCCGAUUAUAGACCAUCCGAAAGUCGCUACCAUGACAUCGCUCUGCUGAAGCUGAACCGAACGGUGCAAUUUGGACCGGCGAUACGUCCUGCAUGUCUCUGGACAUCGGAAGAUCCAGUCGAGCGCAAGGCGAUCGCCAUUGGAUACGGACAGACAGACUUUUUUAGCCCCUUCUCCAACGUUCUGAUGAAAGUAAUCCUGGACCUGUUGGAUUACGCAGACUGCAGUAUGUCAUACUAUGGCGGACGUUUGCUGCCGGAGUCGAUCGUAGAGUCGCAAAUGUGUGCCCUGACGAACGGUAAAGACACCUGUAUUGGGGACUCCGGUGGACCGCUACAGGUGACCGCCAAAGAUCACAGCUGUCUGUACUACGUCGUCGGAGUUACAUCGUUUGGGAUGUUCUGUGGAAUGCAGGUACCCAGCGUCUACACCAGGGUAGCUGCCUUUGCCGAUUGGAUUGAGCGAAUCGUAUGGCCCGAGCAGCCGUAAGUUCGCCGAAGCUUCCCGUUCAUAUUUCUGUUUUUAGCUGUACACUUUUAUUGAAAUGGACAUCGUGCGAAGCAAAAUAAAUAUCAAUAAAUCAAUAUUCAUGACCUCGAAAGUUCA